AUGUCGAUACGUGAACCAUCAACAGCCCCUGUGGGCGAUGGUAAGAAUGAAAAAAAUAUUAUAACCGACGUUGAUAAUACAGAUCCGCUUCGAUAUGAUACAAGUGUUACUGGAUCUAUCCUACAAUCGGCGGCUGAUAAAAACGUUAUUCAAAUGAGAAAUGAUCGGAAUCAGACUCUUCUGCAUGUUGUCGUUAUACAUUUAUUUCAAUAUGUGUAUGUUCGUUUAUUGUUGAUGCUUAACGCAAAUCCAUGUGCACGAGACAGAGAUUGUUAUACUCCCGCACACUAUGCUGUUGAAAAGGAUGAUGUUGAGAUGCUAAAAGCACUCAGCGUCAGGUUCCAUGCUAAGAUCAAAGCAAUUCCAGAUAGUGAAGUGAAUAGUACUCUCAAGCGGUGUCUAGAAGCAUUGACAAUUUGUGAAAAUCGUGGAAUGACAGCAUUCAUGUUGGCUUGCUUCAAACAAGCAAUCAAUUGUGAAGUCGGCAUCUUAUUUUGUCCGGCUGCUGACUUGUGGAUCAGAGAACAAACGUGA